UCUCCAAUGGGUCAUCUGGGAAACCAUGCGUAUCCACAGCACCUCCGCCAUGGGCCUCCCGCGCGAGAUUCCCGCCGGUAGCGCGCCCGUCGAGAUCUCCGGCCACAUGUUCUACCCGGGCGACGUCGUCUCCGUCCCCAGCUACACCAUCCACCGCUCCACCGAGAUCUGGGGCCCCGACGCCGAGCAAUUCAACCCGGAGCGCUGGGAUCCCGCCCGUCUCACGGCGCGGCAAAAGGCCGCCUUCAUCCCCUUCAGCACGGGCCCACGCGCCUGUGUCGGCCGCAACGUCGCCGAGAUGGAGCUCUUGGUCAUUUGCGCCACCGUGUUCCGGCUCUUUGAGUUCGAAAUGCAGCAGGACGGACCCAUGGAGACUAGCGAGGGUUUCCUGCGCAAGCCGUUGGGGUUGCAAGUGGGUAUGAAGAAGCGGGUAGUGGCCUAA